AUGGCCCACCAGUUCCACAUCGCCGGCGCGAGCCACGCUCUCCUCGACCCGUGGUCUCAAGGAGCGGGCGUGGUGAGGGACGUUCUCACUCGGUGGUCCGAGCUCGAUAUAACACAAAUUGGCUCUCUUGUUGCCAUAGCCGGCACCCUUCCUACGGCUUGGAGACUCAUGCAAUGUGCCUGGCAGGAAGCGUAUAGUUGUAUUCGGCGCUUUUUCCUCGCUUCCGUCACAAUACCGGGCGGCGACCCGGUUAACCGGAGCGUCGUGAAAUGGGUCCUCGCCAACCGGCCCCGGCAUUAUCGCGCCUUUACCGGUCGUACCGAAGUUGGACGCGCCAACCCAGACCGUGCUGCCGCUCUGAAGAAGUCGUGCCAUACCGUUCAGUAUUGUCCACACUGGAACACACGGUGGCUCUGGUUCAAAGGCAACUUUUUUGUCGUCACCCGUGCCGUUGGAGAUUUCAAUUCUUCACUAUCGGAUCCCAGCUACGAUGGAAUCGGAGGCGAGGACCUGACAAUCAGCUGCUUCGGAUGGUCGGCGCAUCCUGUCCAGAAUCUCAUCGAAGCCUGCCGCGAGUACGCCGACAGGCAGACGCAGUACUUCGUCAUCAUCUACUCCCGCGACCGUUACGGCAUGUCUUGGAAACCUAAAGCCCGCAAGCCCCUCCGCCAUCUGGACACCGUGCACUUUGACCUCAGCUUGAAGCAGGAGUUGCUUGCUGAUAUCCGGAAUUACCUGGAUCCGAAGACUCAGAUGCGCUACCAAAGCCGGAGUAUGCCGUACCGGAGAGGCUACCUCUUCUACGGCCCGCCUGGAACUGGCAAGUCCUCGCUUUCUGUGGCGAUUGCCGGCGAGUUUGGAUUAGAUCUCUACGAGGUCAAGAUCCCCAGUGUGGCAACGGAUGCCGAUUUAGAGCAGAUGUUUCAGGAGAUUCCGCCGCGAUGUGUGGUUCUUCUCGAAGACAUCGAUGCCGUGUGGGUGGAGCGUUCAAGCAGCCAUGAGAAGACCAGCAACGGGAAUGGACGAGCACAUUCACCGGAGAGCAGCAAUGUGCCCAACUGCACUCUUUCCGGACUGCUGAAUGUUUUGGAUGGCGUUGGAUCGCAGGAGGGCCGUAUCGUCAUCAUGACUACGAAUCGACCCGAGCAACUCGACAGUGCCUUGAUUCGGCCCGGCCGAGUCGACAUGAAGGUCCUUCUGGGCAACAUUAGCCCAAAGUCAGCGGCGGAAAUGUUCGUGCGGAUGUUCUCUCCCGAACUAGGGUGCACAACACACCUGAAAAUGGAAGAAAUUGAGAAGCUUUCUGUCCAGUUUUCCAGCGUGAUACCGGAAGACACCUUGACCCCAUCUCAAUUGCAGGGGUUUUUCCAGGUACAUCUAGAGAGUCCGUAUCAUGCGGUAGAAAGCAUCGCAAGUUGGGUUCAAAAAGAACUUGCAAGAGCCCACUUCAAAGAGUUCGAGUUUAUAACUUCCAAUGGGAAGGCUUAG